AUGGCCUCAAUAAAUGAAGUCCAACUUCGCGUCUGUGGUCCUUUCAUUCAGGAGGCUAAGAAUAAUCUCCAUAGCGCUUAUGAAGAGUUAUUCCUUCGAGUUUGCACACCAAGAACGCUUCCGCUCUUGAGAAACGGCCAGUGGAGUUGGGCAAUGGUUGCAUCGUACCUGAAAAAGGUUACUGCCCUUGAGGAUAUGAUUGCUGGCGGACUUUACAUAGUAUGUGGCCAGGUGCCGCGGAUUCGGGAGCUGCUCACGUUGGAAGUGGGGAACGGCCCUUCCACGACGCGAGGCAUCUCCUUGUGGAACGGGUCAGUGAUCUACCUCCUUCGACAUCAUAAAGCGAAAAGAUCUACAAACCGAGAGUUCUAUGUAGCUCGCUUCUUACCAGCGCGGCUGGGAAUGGUCAUGGUUCGGUACCUGGCCUGUAUACGCCGGCUUGCACAGCUCUUACGGCGAGAACAGCAUGGGAACCAUCGUCAAGACUAA